AUGUCCGGCCACUCCCCCACCCAUUCCUCUUCACCUUACGAGACUGCCCCUACCUCCCCUCCGGGGACCCUCUACAACGCAGAAAAUGGCAUGCGCUUCAUCGCCCACGGUAUGAGGAACACUACCACGGGUGAGAUCGUCAUCUUCGACUCGCGCAACGUCCAGCAGUGGGAGCUGGACGUGGCCACCAACCAACUCUGGGCCAGCCUCCACGCGGCCACCAGUGAGCUAUUUGGUCAGAUCACUCAGAUUCAUGAGGACAUGAAUGGUAUCCUUCGUCUGCGAAAGGAGGACUUGAAGAGAGCUCGGCGGCGCAACCAAACCUUGUUGUUCUGUGUUUUGGGUGUUUUGGGUUUUUUAAACGGGAUUUUUUUGGUUUGGGUUUUGAAGCACCGUGGCUAG